AUCUUGAAUUAAGCUUACUAGGAAAUUUUUACUACUCUGACACAGUUGAUAUUGAUUGGUGAGAUACUUUCUUUAUCUAACAAAAAUAAAACCAUAAUUUGUAGACCCAAAUAUAUUAGAUUGAUUUAUUUUCAUUUUGAGUUGAAAACAUAUCUCACCUUACUAUUAGUGAAGGUCUAAACUUCCACGCAGAGAAUUCCCUUUUUAAAAGAAAGAAAAGUGAAGGUCUAAAUACUGGAAAGAGGUAAAGGAAUAGAUCCAUAGAGCUGAUCAUCAAGAAGAAUUAGUGAUGAAGUACAUUAGUGUUGUGGAUGUGAGAGCUCCUUCGUCGUGUGUAAAUGGCUGCUUGUUGCGGCAGCAGCAGGGCAGAAUUAGCAGAUCAAGCUUUCAGUUCCUCCUCGUCCCUGAAAAGAGAAAUGCAGUACCGUUGAAUUUAUCAUUAAGGCGGCUAAAAUACCGCAGCUUAGCCAUUAAGGCGGCUCGUGAUCAGCAGACGUACGAUUCACAGAUCACCAUUCUUGCAGACAUGCCCCUCUAUGAAUCCCCUCAUGCUUCUUUCGACAGGUACAUGGAGGACAAACCAAGAGUCUUCAGAGCUAUAGUUCCCGAUAACAGAGGAGCCCAACGUCUUAACGAGGAAGAAUGGAGAAUCCGAAUGGAACCGAUAGGCUUCUUGUUCCUCACAGCCUGGCCAGUUGUUAACAUCAGACUUAGAUACAAAACUAAAGGAAAAGAAUACCCUUCUGGUGUUCCAACACAUACGUCUAUGGUUCUUGAGCUCAAAAUUACAAAAUGGGAUCUUGAAGGAGUAACAGAGGGGAAAAAUAAGCCAUCAGAAUUCAGGCUUAAUAUGGAAGGAGUACUUUAUCCAGAUAGAAAAGGAAGCAAAAGCAGGAUCAAAGGUCAUUUCCAUAUGAGCAUUAGCUUCGCUCCGCCUCCCAUCCUUGCUUUGGUUCCUCCACAUAUUCAUCGAGAUGUCACUCAAUUGGUUAUGAAGAAUCUGGCGGAGAGUAUGCAGCACAAAGUAAAAAAUAAUUUGCUAGCUGAUUACGCUAAAUUCAAAAAGGAAGCCCCCAAAAAUCUGCCAGCACCAUGAGGCAUGAGCAAGAGUGACUUUUCAUUUAAGCAAAAUUGAAUAUCUUUGGUCCACGCAAGUGUGAAUUUCCCUUUUGCGUGGCCUUUUGUAUUUGUUCAACUAAUCAAUUGCGUUAUUGAUGUGCAUACUUCUUUGUUAAUAGUGGUCUCGUGUACGCAAAGGCAAAUAAGAUUUCUACUUAGAAUGCA